UUCCAUCCAAUACCGCGUUUGAAAAGCAUGGGCAAACGCAAUCUGGAGAAAAGUUGGGAGUUGCGGUCGAACUAGGAAGGCAUCAUAAAAGAAAUACUUCAUAUGAAAAAAAUCCAUAUUUGCUUCGAAAUGCUUCACUUGAAAACGCUUAUCAUGGUUACGUUGACCGCUACCACCGCUGCCAACACUGUGGAGCUUGCACAUAAUGCCUCCGUCCCUCCUCUGCGACAAGAAUACCAUAUCGCUGCUCGACAUCUUCAUCUUCCUGUCAAAAGUGGUGGUCAUCACUCUUCGUACAAAGGAUGCCUUGGUUAUUCGGACUCAGAACUGGUAUGGAUUUUUCCGGGCCAAGCACCAAAUUGUUCCUGGUUGCAUAGCGGAGAUUCUAGUGGCAGUGAUUCAAAUAGUGGAUCCGGUGGAGGUUCGAUCAGCAGCUCAAGCGGAGGAUCCAAUGGAGGAAGCUACGGUUUCGAUGAUGGUGGAAAUGGAAAUGAAUACUGGGCAUAUGAAGAUUACAGAGGCCAUGGUGGUGGGAAUGGUCAAGGAGAUAACUCAGGCUAUGAUGACGAGCAGAUUAUCUCCAACGAAGAUAUAUAUGAUGGCAAUUCCGACUACGAUCCAAUUGAUGAUUUCGAUAUUGAAAAGGUAAGUCAAAAGUCGUCAAGAAGUUGUGGAUUAAAAAGUGACAUCCUGGCUGCUAAACGCCGCUUUCUUUUUUAUGCUAAGUGUAACACAUAUGAAAAUUUAUGGCUUUGGGACCUCUCUCUAUCUUGUAACAUGACUGCCGGAGACAUUUCUUUGAGUGGAUGCAAUUGCACUUUUGCCGAGGAACUAAUGGACGACGGACUCUUGACGUGUGAUGAUGCCGCUCUCUGCCCAAGCAAUUGCAUUAUAUGUUCCACUUGCCUGAAGCUUCUGGGUUGUGGAACUGAUCCCAACCAACCAGGAAUGUCUAGGUCGAUGUCUACAGCCGUCGUUCUUUAUGUCGUUGGAGCAGCAGUCGCCUUGCUCAUCUUUGGUCUUGCCUCGUACUAUGCCCGUCGAAAAUGGCAAGACCAUAACAACUUGAACAGAAGUUUGAUUGAGAAACGAAAGAAUCGCAUGAUUGACAUAGAAGAUGGUCCCGGUUUUAUGUACAUCAAUGGCGAUCUAACUUGGAAGCCUCUUCCAUCGGAUCAGCAGUAUGCAGCGGCGCAAAUUCAACCGGUUUGCACCAUGAGUACAGCUUCAUCUGGAAAGUAUUUAGAAGAAAGAAUCCAACCGAGUAGUGGAGGUUGCCUCAGUGGUGCGUCGGAGGAAGACAAGGAGUCCUGUUCCAAUGGCGAAACAAGUUCGAUAGAAUUUGGUACAUCCGGGCCAGAAGAAACAAAUGUUCCCACUGUGGUUGAAACAUUGAACGAUAUUGAAAAUAGAGCUCUUUCUCCAAUACCCCAAACAGGAAAAAGCUCAAUGAUAGAUUCUCCGGACGAUCAAAGUUACGUUUUUGAAGAUGCUAUUCAGAGUCCAACCAGUUCUCGAGAAAAGAAGCAAAAGAGUAACGGCGAAUAAUUGUAUAUGCGACGAUGAAGUCACCGAUCACUCAGAUCCAUAGAAGGAACUAUUGUAAAUGUCCACAAUUCAUGCUUAGAAUUCAUGCUUAGAAUUAAUACUGUAAAUUCUAAUCAGCACAUUUUGGAACAUCCAUACUAAGUUGUUAUUACUAGCAAAAAGAAGAUAAUAAUUAAAUAAUCAUGCU